GGGAACCAAUCCCAAGCCAGGCUGUACCAUAACGGCGUGCGGGCGGGUGCAUUGGGCUUGAUGAUUAACUCCAUCAUCUUAGGACUCACUUCGCUGGCGUUGGAGCCUGUGGGCCGUGCGAUCGUUGGGGUCACCAACUUGUGGGGCCUAGUGAAUGUCAUCUUGUGCUUGUGUUUGGCGUCAACGGUGGUGAUUACGAAGAUGGCUGAGGCUCGGAGAUCUUUCCAUGGACCUGACUACACCCUAUCGGCACCAGUGAACAUCAAGGUCUCUGCCCGGGCCGUCUUCGGAGUCUUGGGUGUAUCCCUUGCGGUGACAUAUAGUAUCCCUUUUGCUUUGGCAUCAAUCUAUUGCUCGACAACUGGGGGAGGUCAAGGGCUCCCCCUGGGAGUGCUAAACUUGUCCAUUGUUAUUCCACAGAUGUUUGUUCGGUAAUCAGUGGGCCGCUGGAUGACGCAUUUGGUGGUGGUAACUUGCCAGCCUUCGUGUUAGGUUCGAUUGCAGCUGCAUUUAGUGCAUUGAUGGCCAUUUUUUUGCUUCCAAAGCCUCCCAAGCAAGUUUCUCUUGCUUCUGGAAUGGGUGGUGGGCACUGAGCCAAAGGCUUUCUUCUUCUACUUUGCUUAACUACCUUGCUUUUGCUUUUUGUCUUUAACCACCAUGGUCUUUAAUC